AUGGAUGUCCUGACAGCCUACAAGGACGCAUCUUCAAGCGGGGCAGCGUAUCCUCCCCACCCAACCAAAUGGAUUCCGGACGAGGAUGCUACUGCUGAAGAUCUCAUCCAUGACCGCAAGACCAUACUGAAUCUCCCACCUGAAGUGAUCUCUGUCCUUAGCCAUGCUGUUGGGAGGCUGGAGGACAAACUUGAGGAGUUUCCGUCUAACGAAUUUCUUACGAUGCUGCAGGAGCUCGGAUCGUACUUUACGGCCAAGAAAUAUGAAAGCUUGCCGAUUUGCAAGGAAAAGGCAGUCAAAGACGGUGUGGCUUACCUGGAGACGUUCUAUUUUGUUCGUGAGAGAGUGUUGGGCAUCACUCUGGAUGAUGCUGCUGCUGAUGUUGCGAAUCAGCUAAGGGAUCGGUGUGCAGAGCUAUGUCUUAGCAUGGAGGAGAUGAAUGCGAUUCGUACUUAUGUGGGCAAGAGCUAG